AUGUCUGUCGCCGAGAUCAGCCACCGAACCCGCCCGUUGUCCAUCACGUCCGUCAUGUCCGACGUGGCGGAAACACCAGACCGGCCCGCGGUGAGACCCCGCCCGCUGUCGGACUCGGGCAGCAGCGAACAGAGACGGCGCGAGAUCAAGGACUUGUGCCCGGUCUGCCAGAGUCUCAAACUGGGAGUUCAGAGCUUCAAGGUGCAGCCCGGCCCACCCCGGGCCUCCGGGGUUCCGUCAUCGGGACGUAUGUUGCACUCGUCCACCACCGCCCGACGGCUGGGCAGCCUUCAAGGGAUGGAAGCCCGCUCGGCGACCUGCGCCCUCUGCGCGCUCAUCGUGAGAUCGGUGCACAAGGCGGGCACGCAGAGCCCGCCGGCCAACCAAGCCCCCGACGAAGGCGCGGGGGCCCAGCUGCAGAGGGCGACGUGCUUCGUCAGCUGGGAGAUCGACGGGCGCGAGGCGGCCUCGACGGGGAGCCCCGGCCGGUCCCCGAAGAACCUCGUGAGGGGCGUCACGCGGCGCAUGCACAUCCGGUGGAACCACCCGCGGCUAUCGGACGCGUACCUGGUGUACGUCGCCCCGGACACGUUCUUGAGGACCACGUCGGACGCCGACCGCGUGUGGGUCAAGGACUCCCUGUUUCUCGGCCGCGCCAUCUCGGAGAACAUCGAGAACCAGGCCCUGAUCCAGUCGUGGCUGGACCUCUGCAGGAAGAACCACAAGGGGCCCUGCUGCCAGAUAGACGACGGCCGCGCCGAGCGGUUCAUCGAGAUGAUCUCGCACUCGUACUUCGGCGUCAUCGACGUGCAGAACAUGCAGCUGACGCAGCUGCCCUGCCAGUCUCUGCCCGGCCCCCGGGGACGUAGGCAGCCGCCGUACCGCGAGGCCGCCCUGGAUCAGGUCAAGCCCGAGCCGUACGUCGCGCUGAGCUACGUCUGGGGCGCCGACCCCGGGGCCUACACGACCCGGACGGAGAACGUCAUGCUCCACCGCACCCACGGGGGCCUCGAGGAGGUGCUCCAGAAGCUGCCGAGGGCGAUCCAGGACGCCAUCGACCUGGCGCGCAGGCUCGGGUUCAGGUACAUCUGGGUCGACCGGCUCUGCAUCGUCCAGAACAGCGCGCGGUCGUGGAAGCUCAACGCGUACAACAUGGACCUCAUCUACGGCAACGCGGCGCUCACGAUCUGCGCCGCCGACGGCGACGCCGGGAGGGGCCUCUGCGCGAUGCGGCCGGCGACCCGCAACACGCAGCAGGUCAAGGGCCUCGUCGGCCCGCGGCUGGAGCUGAUGGUGACGAGGCCGCCCGAGAUGUACAUCCGCGCCUCGGAGUGGAACGAGCGGGCGUGGACGUUCCAGGAGAGGCUGCUCUCGCGGCGGUGCCUGAUCUUCACCAACGGGAGGGUCUACUUCCAGUGCCGGUCGACGGGCAUGUCGGAGGACAUCUUUGGGGACCAGAGGGGCGCCGGCUGGUCGCUCGACCUGGUGGACGCCCCCUUGCAGAUGUUCCGGCAGCUCGACAACCGCUCCAUUUGGGUCUACAUGAAGUGCGUGGAGCUGUACACCGAGAGGAAGCUGACGCACGACAAGGAUAUCCAGGCGGCCUUCAGCGGCAUGGCGAACCUCAUGGAGGAGCGGAUGCGCGCGCCCUUCAUCCACGGGCUGCCGAGCUCCCACUUCGACCUGGCCCUCCUCUGGGAGCCCAUCAAGUCCGGCAGGAGGAGAGUCGCGGAGGAGACGCCCGGAAACGCCUCGAUCCCGGAUUUCCCGAGCUGGUCGUGGACCGGCUGGGUGGGCGAGGUCCAGUACAAGGAAGACCUGGUGUCCGGCAUCCUGGACAACGUCUCGGACUGGCUCGACACCCGCACGUGGAUCGAGUGGUGGGUCCGAGAUGGCCACGGCGACCUCCGGCCACUGUGGGACUCUAGAAAGUCUCGGGAAGACCGGAGCAAGGAGAAGAAGUGGAGGGGGUACACGCAGAGACGGGCCGCGAGGUGUGAGCAGCGCGGGAGGCAUCACAACGAGGACGAGGACGGCAGCGUUGCGCCGUACGAUCCGGAUGAUGCAGUCAUUAUCACUCGGCCAGACCCAUACGCUAGCCCCUCGGAGUCUGUUCAGAGGAGCGUCGAGGGUCGCGACAACAACUACGUAGAGCGCCACGAUGACUCCGACGACGAUGAAAACGAUAGGCUCAUCUCUUAUCGAGAAAACUCUCGGGAUACGAAAGCCCGAGGCCACGAUAUGAGAAGACCCUCCAGAAUGAGCGGGGGCGGACCAUUCCAAGCAUCGAAAGAACCCAGAGACCCGUAUUAUCAUUCACGACGACCGCCGCCACCACCACCACCUCGCCCCAGUCGGGCUCCGGGGCGGCACGAGGGACACACAUCCCCUCGGCGCGAAUACCUGCGAACCAGGAGCCCGACUCGCAGGCGCUCCGGCUACUACGAGGAAAACUACUACGAGGAAGCGGUGGACGGGCGCCGCCACCACCACCAUCACAUGACCCAGAACCGACCCGUCAGCGUCACCCCGCCUCCGCCAGUGGUCGUGGAGUACCCGAGGCACAACGCCGAAUUCUUCGACAUGUUCUUCGACGGCGGCCGCGACAACGAUGACGACUUCAGCAUCACCCUGCGCGACUACCCCUACCGCGUCGUCAAGGCGCCCUUCGACGCGCGGCCCGAGACCGCCGAGCACCCGCUGCUGCCGAUCCUGCAGUUCCGCACGUGGCACGCGUGGCUGUACAUCCACGAUAGUGGCGGCGCCGAGCAGCAGCAGCAGCAGCAGCAGCCACAGAGAGGGGGAGCGGCGGCGGCGGCGGCCAGCACCGCCCUCGGGGCUGGCCAGGUGCGACACCACAUCGCGGACGAGGGCGGCGACUGGUGCGGCUCGAUCGUGCUGGACGCCGCGUGGGCGGACGGGAAGCCGGCGCGGCAGGAGUUCAUCGCCGUGUCCGAGGCCAAGAGCUUCACCGCGGCCGAGUGCCGCGAGUGGACGUACUACGUGCCCAAGGAGCGGGACCAGAGCGAGUGGGACCUGUUUUACGUGCUGCUCAUCGAGAGGAAGGACGAGCGGUGGGAGAGGGUCGGCGUAGGCAAGGUCUUCAAGGAGGCGUUCCGUGGCCUCAAGCUGAAGGAGAUUAUGCUUGGUUGA